UUUCCGGUCACGGGCAUUACUUCCAAAAUGGCGGCGGGCGCAGGGGCCUUCUCGUGUCUGGGCCUUGGGCCUGGGUGUAGGAAGCGUCUGGGACUCCACGUCGGGUCUGCGUUGCGGCGGGGCUCCGCGAGGAGGUCUAGCGGGUCGACGGAGGUGUACGACGUGGUGGUGUCCGGGGGCGGCAUGGUUGGGACCGCCAUGGUUGCCGCUUUGGGGCAUGACAUCCAUCUCCGUGAUAAGAAAAUUCUUCUCCUUGAAGCACGUCCAAGGAAAGCAUCUGACCAGUUACCAAAGAGUUACAGUAAUCGAGUCAGUGCUAUCACACCUGGCUCUGUCACAUUUCUCAGUAGCUUUGGUGCUUGGGAAGAUAUCAGCAGUAUGAGAAUCAAACCCUUUCGGCGGAUGCAGGUAUGGGAUGCUUGCUCUGAAGCCAUGAUCAUCUUUGAUAACAAUAACAUGGAAGACAUGGGUUAUAUAGUAGAAAAUAAUGUCAUCUUGUCUGCUCUAACCAAACAGUUGGAUGCGAUAUCAGACCGAGUGGAAGUUCUCUACAAGAGCAGAGCGGUGGGGUACACCCGGCCCACUCAUUAUCAGACCUCUGACUCAAGCCCUUGGGUUCAAAUUGAUUUAGCAGAUGGACGCAGACUUCAGACCAAACUGCUGAUUGGUGCAGAUGGACAGAAUUCUAUGGUCAGGAGAACAGCUGGUAUUAAAAAUAUCCAGUAUCGGUAUGAUCAGUCAGCUGUAGUUGCUACUCUUCACUUGUCUGAGUCAACAGACAACAAUGUAGCAUGGCAGAGAUUUCUUCCAUCUGGACCAAUUGCGCUCCUCCCGCUUUCUGACACUGUCAGCUCUUUGGUUUGGUCCACGUCACAUGAACAUGCAAUUCAGCUGCAGAAUAUGGAUGAGGAAAGUUUUGUGGACUCGAUAAAUUCUGCUUUUUGGAGCAACGCAAAUCACUCGGAUUUUGUUGAUACUGCUGGAUCCAUGUUCCGUUCUGCUAUUUCCCUCCUGAUGCCUUCAGGGACUGCAGCCCGUCAGCUGCCCCCGAGUGUUGCAAAAGUGGAUCCCAAGAGCCGAGCCGUGUUCCCUCUGGGAUUGGGGCAUGCAACUGAAUAUGUCCAACACCGUGUGGCUCUUAUUGGGGAUGCUGCUCACAGAGUACAUCCUCUUGCAGGUCAAGGUGUAAAUAUGGGCUUUGGUGAUAUUGCUUGUUUGACACAUCAUCUCAGUAGUGCAGCAUUCGAUGGAAAAGAUCUGGGCUCUUUAAAGCACUUACUAAAGUAUGAAGCAGAAAGACAGAAGUACAACCUAUCUCUCCUGGCUGCAACUGACCUGUUAAAGAGACUGUACUCGACAAGUAUCACUCCUUUUGUGCUGCUAAGGACAUGGGGAUUACAAGCAACUAAUGCUAUACCUCCUGUUAAAGAACAAAUCAUGGCAUUUGCCAGUAAGUGAUCACCUUCGAAAUAAGAAAGCUAGUGGUUUUUGUAGACUAUCCUGAGACUUUUAACAUUUGACUGAAGCUGUUUAAAAUGGAAAAAGGAAAAACAAAGCAGGAAGCACAAAUCUUGACUUAUUCUGAAUGAAAUCCUUACUUCUUUGAGACUGGCAGAAAAACGUCUCCUGGAAUGCCAAAGAUUGCCUGAUCUUGCCCAGUAUUGGACAUUAGGAACUCUGUAGGCUGGCCAUUAAAAUCCUAGAUAAAGCAAGUGGAAAGACAGUAAUGUAGUGCCACUUUUUGUUUGCUGGUAUUCCUUAUUCAGUUGACGGUGUAGUUCUGUCAGCAGAAGGAUUUAAUUUAAUUCUACCCAAAUAAACUCUACAGCUUUAUACAGUA